AUGUUGCUUCACAGUCUGAAGUUGGCGACGCCCGUACUCAAGCGCAAGCAGCUUCGCGCCGCGCGAAUCGCGCGGCUCGGUUUCUUCUGCCGUGACGCAGGGCAUAUCGAGGCUGCUAUAAGCCGGUUAGCAGCAGAAUCAGCUGCGGCAGGAGCUAGCACUAGCGCAGAAGGAAACCAAGGCCGACAGCAUCACGAGAGUCAUCGCCAGGAUGCUGAGGACGCGGCGGUCCGCGAGAAGCAGAAGGCGGCCGAGCGCUUCAAGAAGAUGACGCGCAAGCAGAUCGGCGCAGAUAUGCGCGAGAAGACGAAGACGGAGCAGGAGAAGAAGGUUAUGCAGGAGGUGGAGCUGCUAACCAAGGACAGGGACCGCAAGUACAAGGCCGAGAAGAGGGUCCUGAAGAGGAGAAGCAGCAGGAAGUCAUCGACAGACCCAUCUCCGGGCUGA